AUGGAGCCCAACAGCCCCCGGAAGAUCCAAUUCACGGUGCCGCUGCUGGAGCCGCAUCUCGACCCGGAGGCGGCCGAGCAGAUCCGGAGGCGCCGACCGACCCCUGCCAACCUGGUGCUGAGCAGCGACCAAUCGUCCCCAGAGAUCGAUGAGGAUCGGCUGCCCAACCCCCUGCUGAAGUCAGGCCUGGCCAUGUCCCCCAGGCAGAGGAAGAAGGUUUCUCGCACCACCCCCACCAUGAAAGAGCUGCAGAUGAUGGUGGAGCAUCACCUCUGCAAGCAGGCACAGGGCGAGGAGGAGGAAGAAGAGGAAGAGGAGGAGGAGGAGGAGGAGGAGAAGGAGAAAGCCCCCGGGAGCCGGGAGCGUGGCCGCGGCCACUGCCACCGCGGGGACACGGAGCACAGCCACAGCCCUGGCGGCUCCUGCCCGCUGGCCACGCACGAAGGUGGCCCCGGCCCUGGUGACAGUGAG